UUAAUCUUGGGCCUAACAUUUUCUUUUUAAAAGUUUUGAAGUGUUCAGCUUCUUUUUCCUAUUUUCUUCAGAGACAUUCACAGUAAGGAAGGUAAUAAUUAGAUACUUCUGAUAGGUGAGCUGUAGUACUCUAUAGAGUACUAAAUGAGAAUUAAGAGAAUUGACACAGAAGCCAGCUUCAAAUUCUACAUUCCUUUUUAACCCCCAGUCUGGCAUUUAUUGUGAAUUUCAGUUUAAAGGGAUAGUUUGUUUAGCUUUGAUUUAAUUUAAGUAUAGAGAUUUAUUUUUAAGAUUGAAGACUAGAACAGUGGGAAGGAAUUGCAGCUUAUAUACUUAUAAUCUUACUGAGAGUCAACUUAAAAGUAUUUAAUACAGCUAUUGAAGUAUCCUCUUAUCAUUUGUUUUAUGACAGUUAGUUGUAUUUUCUUUCUGUAACAUGGAUUGUUCUAAACCUUGAAAAAAUGCUUAUUAUCUUUAUGUAUAAUUCACUCCCGUGAACAAAUUAGAUUUUUCUUCCAUGAGUGAACUAUAAUAUGAAAUUUAAUGUUCUGACCUUUCUUAGGCUGAAUUACUGAAAACAGUGUCAUUUAGCUUUUCUGAAGGCCCAAGCAGAAUUUUAUUGUUGGCUUAAUGCGUUGCUCAUAUUGCUGUUUUUAAUUGUGGAAAAAAGUAACAUUACACAUGUAAUUUUCACACCACUUCUUUAAUAGAUGCAGAGGCUAAAGUUCUUGCCGUGUAAGAGAGAAAGUCUUGUUGUUUGUUUUUUUUCCCGGGAGCUCUGAUGGGCAGCAUUCUUAUAAUGACAGCCAUUUCUCUGGUAGGAAGAUGUUUUCAUUUGUAUUUACUUUUCAGUACAGGGCAAUUAUGCUGCUCUGUGUUGGGCACUCUUCCGCAGUUUCUAUCUCAAAAGAAUUACAGUUCUUGGAACAGGACUGCGGUUUGAAGCAGGUGUUGUGUUUUACUGUUAUGCAAAAUAACACUAAAAUAGAAUUGUAAAGGAAAUUAAGGAAACAGCUGCAAACUUGGUGUGGUAACCACUACAUUAAGAUUCGUGAGUAGUUGUUGCAGCAUCUUAUAUGACAUCACAAGGCAGCAAAGAUUUGUUUUAGUAAAGCUCACCUUGCUGCUGAAACUUGUUCUUACAAAGGGGAUUCUUGUGGAGACCAGACCAUAACCUGAGUUACAAAGAUGCACCAUCUUAUUAGAGAUGGUUUGUAAGCUGGGGCUUUAUGGUUUAGUUUCAUCUUCAUCUUCUUUUAUAUUUUUUUUUCCUCCAUCUGAAGAAGACGUAGGGCAGAACGCAGUUACUGGAAUGAAGGUUGCAGAAUGUCUUAUCCCAACUAACAUAUGGAAGCCUACAUAGGCCCGAGGUGGUAAAAUAGUAAAAUAAAUGGCCUAUAGCAGGCCAUCUGCCAUUUGCAGGGCAUUUUCAUCAUGCUUCAUGCCAAACUGGAAAUUAGUUCUUUGUAUUAAAAAAUAUAUUUUGAAUACAAAUCAAAGAUUUCAAACAUUUCACGUUAUACAUGGCAAGCACAUUUCUGUCUGGGAGCUGGAGAAGUCCAGGGAAAUCGCAGGGGAAAAACAGUGUUUGGUUUGAUGCUCGGGACUCAAACCAUUCUCUUCUCUUUCCCAGCUCUUUGUUCUUCCCAGUAAGCACUGAUUUACUUUUGUAAAUUACACACCAGAUAUGGAGGAAAAAAACCCCUCUUGCGUGUGGCAGCGAAAGGGAGGGCUAUCAACUGAUGCCAGGUGUCGUGAAUUCAUGGAAGUCCUUGCUAGGAUAGUGUGUCCCAGCUGAGCAUCUGCCUCCUGAGCAGGGCUCUUAAAAGAAUUGCUCAUCUUGAAAGUGUUCUUCGAACAUCAGCCGAUCAAUUUUCACAGAGCCCCUCUGAAAGGAAGGCAGCUGAGGUAUCCUCAGUUCAUUGACUGGAGAAAUCAAAGCUCGGAUUUUGUGCAGGAAACUCAGCAGAGCAGGUUUUGGGAGGGUUCUGGCUGUUUGGGUUCUGGUUAUAUUACAGUGUGCAUCCAGUCUUAGCGAAAAAUGGGUUUAAGAGCACUUUGAAGAAGUGAAAGAUAGGGAUGCACACAGAGGGAAGAGCCUGUUCCUUUCAUCUUAUUCAGAAAUAUUUACGCGUAAAAUUGCACUUAAAUCUGUCAGAUAAAUCGUUACUGUCUGGUGGUGAAUCCAAACCAGUUUCAUUGCCAGUGCACAACAACGUGGAUAUUUUGCUAACGUUGUCUGGAUAAUCUCCUUUCUCUAGACGAAUAAAUGCUUUGAUUUAGAGGUAUUUGGGUGUAACUUGAGCUACGCAAUUUUAAAGUUGUUCUUUACAUCAGUUUCUUGUAAGUCUCUCGAUUGCCAUUCAUGUUGUAAAGCUGCAAUAGGGCCUUGAAAACAAGUGUGUAUUUUUGUGGAAGGUCAUUUGUCUUUCAGCAAACUGCGGUCCAGUUGUUAAUUUUCGUGGUUGCAAUUAGCAGGAGACGUUAUUUCAAAUAAAGAAUAUGAAACGUGGAGUAUUUAACAGAAGCUAAAAACGCAAAUGUUUUAUUCCUCCCACCCCAAGGUAAACAAACAAACAAGAAGGCGAAUAGUAAUGCUUAGAGAAUGGGGUGAUGGGUACAUAAAAAUAUAGAGAGAGGUGUCUGAAUAGAAGUCAGGAGAGGACAGAGUAAUUUGUCUGUGUAUGUUUACAUCUCCUCCUAGCUUAUAGCAGUGUGUGCUGUCUUCCUCUCCUGGCAGAGGUCACGGAGUUGAUGAGGAGCUGCUGGGAAUCGGGAGCUGCCUGGACCACAAUGCCCUACCCCGCUCCUGGCCUUGGGAAGCUGUGAGCUGCUCAUGUCCAUAAGGAGGAAGGAUGGCUCAUGGAAUUCCCUCACAAGGCAAAGUUACCAUAACAGUGGAUGAAUACAGCUCCAACCCGACGCAGGCAUUCACGCACUACAACAUCAACCAGAGCAGGUUCCAGCCUCCACAUGUGCAUAUGGUCGACCCCAUCCCGUAUGACACUCCGAAACCGGCGGGCCACACGCGAUUUGUCUGCGUCUCAGACACGCACUCCAGAACAGAUGGCAUCCAGAUGCCUUAUGGGGACAUCCUUCUCCACACGGGCGAUUUCACCGAGCUGGGACUGCCCUCAGAGGUUAAGAAGUUUAAUGACUGGUUAGGAAACCUACCCUAUGAAUAUAAAAUAGUGAUUGCUGGGAAUCAUGAACUGACAUUUGAUAAGGAAUUCAUGGCAGACCUUGUUAAACAAGAUUACUACCGCUUUCCCUCUGUGUCCAAAUUGAAACCAGAGGACUUUGACAAUGUUCAGUCACUCCUGACAAAUAGUAUUUACUUACAAGAUUCAGAGGUAACAGUUAAAGGAUUCCGAAUAUAUGGUGCCCCGUGGACACCAUGGUUUAAUGGAUGGGGCUUUAAUCUACCCAGAGGUCAGUCUUUGCUAGACAAGUGGAACCUUAUUCCUGAGGGAAUUGAUAUACUAAUGACACAUGGACCUCCCCUUGGUUUUCGAGACUGGGUUCCAAAGGAGCUGCAGAGAGUGGGUUGUGUGGAGCUGUUGAACACGGUGCAGAGGCGAGUGAGGCCCAAACUCCACGUCUUUGGUGGGAUUCAUGAAGGUUAUGGCAUCAUGACAGAUGGGUACACGACGUACAUCAACGCUUCGACGUGCACGGUCAGCUUCCAGCCCACCAACCCCCCGAUUAUAUUCGACCUGCCCACCCCUCAAGGAUCCUGAAGCACUACUGCACAUUUGGAACCGGGGGAAGGUCUAUAAACUGCCAUUUUCUAAUUAUAAAA